GCACCUGCUCAGACUGAGAGUCGGAUGUUGGUGUUGUGGUGACCCAAGCUGGAGCUGAAGGAUUAUAUCUGAAGGAACCGGUGUUUACUGUUUCUUUCUCUGGAUUAUUAUGAUUUGUCUGUGCGAGUAAUCAGCAGCAACGCUCAAAUAUACAAAAAACAAAAAACAAAAAAAAAACUCAUGAUUUCCACUAAGAAAGUUAAGUUAUUGAUGGACGACAUUAUACUAAUGUAUAAUGGCUCUGUGUUCAUUAAUUCAUUUAAUUGACAUUUUGUACUCAACAUAAUACAAUGUGUCCGCUCUUUGAUCAAAGCAAGAAGCUCCCAGAGAUCCGACUUCUGUAUCAUGUGCUUGACAAGACCAACCUGUUUUUGUGCACUGGUGUAGGACAUGACUGACUCACUCUGACAAGUCUUGAAUGGGUAGUGUCAUUUUACGCAAACAAGAGGCAGGAUGAAAAGUUCAGGCUUUAUUCCAGGGUUUGGAACAGUUUCCCGUAUCAGACAGUAGCGCGACAGAAAGCCUGGACAUUUCUGAGACGGAACAAUAACUUUACUGUAGAAAAUCACUGCUGUCAUUUGUCGGAACAAUACAGGUAACAACAUGGCAGCUGGAGGGACCAAGUCCUUUAACCGUGUUGGGAGUCUCAUGCGGAGCAGAUCUGAAGGCACACUGAUUGAUCUGAGUGACACUGUGUCAAACAGUGACCACUUAAAUGGUGGAUAUGUGUCAGGAAGAACACAGAACUCAGAGUGGCAGCUUUUACAGCCAGAAAGCUCACUAUCGUCUCAAAUAAAAAACCCUUUUUGGAACAAACUCUCUGGAUCAAACCCUUUCCUAGAUGACAUUGUACACAGCAGCAAUGAUAGACGUGCUUCUGAUACGUCAAGUGUAAAACAAGAGACUAAAAUACAUCCCAACACAAGUAAUGAUGAUGCCAUCAGCACUUCUUCUGAUGAAGGCAACAUGGGCCACUUUUUGGAGAACAAACACAAAACCAGCAACCGAUCUGGGAGAUGGCGGAGUGCUUCAGACAUCCUGGAUGAUCUGGAGAGAAAAGUGCCCAAAUGUGAAAAUUCUGUCAAACCCCUUGGACCGGUGCUGAACCCGGACUUUGAGUGGCUAAAGAAUGACAGAGAGGCCUAUAAGAUGGCCUGGCUGAGCCACAGGCAACUCACCCGCUCGUGCGUGGACUUGAAUUUGAUGAGCCAGAGUCCUGGAUGGGCUCAGACCCAGGCCACCAACUUUCACGUCAUCUGCAAAAUCGGCCACAACGGAGGCUCAAUACAGUUACCAGAAUCCAAAAUUAGCAUCCAUGUUCCACAAGGCCAUGUCCCUCCUGCAGAAGUGCAGGAGGUUACACUGAAAGCAAUGCUGGACCCACCUCCUGGGCUCAACAACAACUACAUGACAACCAUGAGUCCACUUCUGGAGGUGCUCCUGAGCAACAUCAACACAAAGGAGUGCUUAUCUGUGGAGAUGAAACUGUCAGGAGAGGUGAAGGAUGAUCCUUCAAGUCAGGUGAUGACCACUGUGUUUGGACUAGUGUCCAACAAAAGAGAAGGACCGUAUGUCAAAAUGAAUGACUGUUACAUUUACAAGAACAUGAUGCAGAUGAAGCUCCGGGACUUAAAGACACACUUUUACAUCAUUGCAGUUGCAGAGGCCUCAGCACUGCAGGCCCCUGCCACAUCGGUCUGGGAUUACCUGGACCGCCAAAUCACUAUUGCAGUCUAUGGCCCAAGGUACAUCCAUCCAUCAUUCAAGGUUGUAAUCGUCGUCUGCUGCCACGAGGAUGUUCCAUCAAAGCUGCCGUUUUCAGAUAUCUGCAGAGGCAACAAGCAGCUGCCUCCACUUGUGCUGCAACUUUGGGGAAAACAUUGUUAUAAACUAGACAAGCUGAAUGACUUUCAUGUCGGAGUUGACAUUGCAGGAUCAGUGUUUAAAAUCAAACCUGAGGACAAAGUAAAACAAGUGAGGCAAAGUCAGCUCAAGAUAGGGACAGUUCGGCAUUUGCCAGUCGCAUUAUCUUGCACUGGCGAUGCAGAAAUGAGUCCUUUUAAAUUAGAUGUACAUGUGAAGGACGCAAACAUGUCUUUGGCCGUUGCUCAUUUUCAGAUUUCUUCCCCUCCUGCAGCACCUAUCAGAUCAGAAAAGAGGAUGCCAAGGCAGGCAGAGAAGAGAUCUGAAAUGGUGAAAACCCCAGAGGGGCGUGAUCCAGAGUUCCCGUCAUUCAAAGACAAACCCGUAAACCUGCAGUGGUACGGUGUAGCCUUGAAGUCAGUUCUCCGUCAGCCUCGAGUAGAAUACCUACUGGAAUACUUCAAGGGUGACACAGUGGCUCUCCUUUCUAAAGAGACUGUUCGGUCAGUCGGUAAUUCAAAGGUAAAAGAGUGGCAUAUCGGGUUCCUCAGAGGCAGGACCGGCUUGAUUCACUGCAAAAACAUCAAACUCAUAACCAAGGACCAGGUGAUCGACUUCACUGGCAUUCAAAUCUCCACAGCGGCCCUCUUGAACAACAUGAGCCUGCCCUUCAAGAAACUUACCUACAUGUACUCUGGCAUCCAGACACUGGUGACUGAACACAUUACUAGCUGGAGAAGCUUCGCAGAUGCUUUAGGGUACAGAAACCAGCCGCUGGACACAAUCACACGAAGGGACGCUGAAAGUGAAGACGAUAAAGUGGCGUGUGUUCUGGAGAGGCUGAAGGAGGACUGCCACACAGACAAGACUAGGAGAAAGUUCCUGCAUGAACUAAUGGUGGGACUGCUGAAGAUGGACUCUGUGAAUAUAGUGGCCCAGCUCAUCACGAACACUGUCAUUCUGUCCACUGCUGUGGAGCUGGGGGUUCGAUGGCGGGAGCUUGGUGAGAAGAUGGGGAGACUGUCCGCUGCUCAGAUAGCUGCUUAUGAGGCACCACAUCGAGGAAAGAAUGGUGAAGUCAAUUUCCAGUCCAUGUGGAAGCCUGCCUAUGACUUCCUGUACUCCUGGAGUCAGCGCUAUGGAGACGGCUACAGGGACAUGAUCCAGGAUCUUCACCUGGUGCUUGAUAAAAUGAAGAACCCUGCCACCAGACAGUGGAGACACCUGACUGGGGCACUCAUCACCGUGAACUGCCUUGAUAUCUUUAGAGACUCCGCUUUCCCAAAACCUUAAUAGUAGAGACUGCAGUACACGACUUGUAAAAGUAGACAUGGACUCAAUGGGUGAUAAAGAUUCAGUGAACAUGUUUCUUUACCUCCUCAAUUCUCUGACAGUUUUGUUUGAGAUUAAGUUUUGUUGAAAUUAUGUCAGGCACAAGCACUGUUUGCCCCCACAAGUCAUGAGCAGAAUAGAAAGAGAUGAAAGUCAAAUCUCUGCAAACUGUUCAAAUGAGGUUGGAAUAACCAAAUUAUAUCAAGGGUAUCAAUAUUUCCCAUGUGGUGUUUAUGCGUUUCGCUUAAGGGGGGCCUAUAAUCCUCUUUUUUCCCCAAGUUGACAAAAUUUCCACAGGUAUUAAUGACAUUUCUGUAAUGACACAAAAAUGCCAUAUUCAACAUUGUCUUUACAUCUUUGUUCAGAGCAGCAGGUUUAGGGACGGGAGUUGAGUGGCUCACGCUGCCAUGACAUCGUUUCUAAGUGAGACUUUUAUUCAUCCACUUUAAUCUUUAAAAUCCGUAACUUUAUUCAGUUAACUUGCAGGGUUCACAAGAUUAUUUUGGUUCCUGUGACUGUGGGAUUUUGUUUUUAUUUUUUAUAAACUGUAAUUUGGAUAAAUGGAUAUAUGUGAACAUUGUUACUGAAAACCUUGAGGACUGCGGUGGUAACAGUCCUGUAUAGUUUUUGUUCAGAUUUGUGUAUUGAAAAAUAUUAUUUUGCCAAAGUAAAAGUGAUGUGAAUCUAGUAAACAAACUCAAACAGCUAUCGUUCAUGAGUCAUAAACUGUUGUUUUCCUAAAUAUUUGUUCUAUUUUUAUACAGUAAUGUAAAGUUUUAGAUAUGUUCAAAGCAGAUCAUUUAAUAAAGUAUACAGUGCAAUAACUGUACAAUAUAUUAGAUGUAUGUCUUCUCAGUCCAAUCUGAUGAUAAAGUGACGGAAUUGUUUUUGUAACCACAUACAAUGUACUACACUUAUUAUACAGUACAUAGUACUGACUGCAUAUUGUAUUCAUGUUUAGUAGAUACUAUGCCACCAUUAAAGCCUUGUAAUUUGUUCUUUA